AUGUUAUUUUCUUUUAGUGGGUAUAACAUCUCACUAUAUAUAACGCAAAUAAUGGAGAGGGGAUCCUUCAUGUUAUUUAUCAUCCGUCAGCUACAAAAUGGAACCAGCUAUUGUUAUAUCUUCCAAAUGCAUUUUUCCUAUGCCUAGCCUUGAAGGAAAGAUUAGGGUCACGCUCACCGACAAGAAACAUCAUCCUAUAACUUGCAGGAUUGGAAAUAUUGAUGAUGCACAACAAAAAACAUUCUUCGGGAGAAAGAGCUUCCCUCCUGGAUUUGUCUUUGGUGCUGCAACUUCUGCUUACCAGGUGGAGGGAGGAGCCAAUGAAGGAGGAAAAGGAAAGAGCAUAUGGGACACUUUCACGCAUAAUCAUCCAGAUAAGAUUGCUGAUCAUCAGAAUGGAGACGUAGCGGUGGAUUCAUAUCACAGAUACAAAGAAGACAUAAAAAUUUUGAAGGAUAUGGGAGCUGAUGCCUACAGAUUUUCCAUUGCUUGGUCAAGGAUAUUGCCAAAGGGUAAUUUAGCUGGUGGGAUUAAUCAUGAGGGAAUUGAUUACUACAACAAUCUCAUAAAUGAACAAAUAGAAAAUGGUAUAAAGCCCUUUGUGACAAUCUUUCACUGGGAUGUGCCACAAGCAUUAGAAGAUAAAUAUGGAGGGUUCUUGGAUAGAGAAAUUGUGGAUGACUUCAAGGACUACUGUGAAGUAUGUUUCAAGGAAUUUGGAGAUAGAGUUAAAAAUUGGGUCACAGUAAAUGAGCCAUGGUCUUUUAGUACCCUUGGUUAUGGACUUGGAUAUCAUGCACCAGGUCGAUGCUCUCAGGAUUUGGGUUGUCAAUCUGGUGACUCGUUGAGGGAGCCAUAUACUGUCAGCCAUAACCUCAUCUUAGCCCAUGCUGUAGCUUUCAGACUUUAUAACGAUAAGUUUAAGGAUGUUCAGAAAGGAGAAGUUGGUAUUUCUCUUAUCUCUUAUUGGUUCAAGCCAUACUCCAACUGCCGGCCUGAUUAUGAAGCAGCAAUUAGAUCUCUUGACUUCAUGCUUGGAUGGUACAUGGAACCAUUAGCAUUUGGAGAUUAUCCAUUUAUCAUGAGGGCAGUUGUAAAGGAUAGACUUCCCUACUUUACAGAUGAGGAGACUGAGAUUGUUAAAGAUUCUUAUGAUUUUAUAGGUGUCAAUUAUUACACAACAAGAUAUGCUCGCAAUAUACCAAGCUCGCAGAACUUUAUCCCGGAAGUCAAUUUACAAGAAGCAUAUGCUAGUAAAGUAGGGAAGAAGGACAAUGUUCCCCUUGGAAAAUUGGAAGGAACAUGGAUUUAUGUAUAUCCUGAAGGACUGAAGGAACUUCUAUUGGAGCUGAAGAAUAGAUACAACAAUCCUAAGAUUUAUAUCACUGAAAAUGGAACUUGUGAGCUGGAUGAUUCUACGAAUAUUUUGACACUGGAAGAAGCACUUCACGAUGAGGAAAGAAUAGAAUACUAUGCUCUUCACCUUGCCAGUGUUAAAAAGGCAAUCAGGUGUGGAGUCAAUGUGAAGGGAUUCUUCGCAUGGUCUCUUCUGGACAACUUUGAAUGGAAUGGGGGUUACACAAACCGCUUUGGGUUGACAUACAUAGACUACAAAAACAACCUCAAACGCUACCCAAAGAAGUCCAACAAAUGGCUUACCAACUUCCUUAAGGUUUAACUUCUUAUCUUGGGGAGGGAGGUCGUUUCAUUUUCCAAAAGUUAGUCAAAUAGGACUUUUAGUGUAAUGAAGACAAUGGUUAACUAAGAAAAAAAACACUAUGGUAGCUCUUCUAUAUUGUUAGUAUCCAAAUAAAAAUCAUUAUCCUUGAUGUAAACUCAAUGUAUUUUGUUUCAAUUCAAGAUUGAAUUAUUCAUUGGAAUGUUUGGGUUUUAAGUUUGUUAUAUGCAUUAGAUACACAUGGCAGUCUCCAUGAGGAGUUUCAGUCAGAAAAGAAAGGGGUAGGGAUUAAUAGUUCCUCUUUAUACUAGUUUUAUCAGUAUGGAUCCAAUUUAAGCUCCAUUUUCUGAUGAACUAUGAGUUUUAUUAUCCUAAGGAGAACUAAACACAGUCAUAAAAGAUGCAUGCAAGAUAGUAAAGGACAAUUUAUCUACAACUACAGAGCGCGAGGCAUGAGACGUAAAAAUUCCAAAAAGCUAACACCCCAUUUGAUUACGUAACGACAUUAACAAGGACCAUGACUCAUAACAAAGAUGUAAACCAAAAAUUAACGGAUCAAUCUGUGGUUUCUCAUGAACUUCUCCAUUCAAUGAGCACGGGAACAGCACAAGACACAGGCUAAAAGGUUAUAGUGCACUAACACAUAUAUCUCAAAGUUGAUAUAAGAUCACCUUUGUUGUCUGCAGUAGGAAAAACAAUAAAGUCUCUAUCUAUUGACAACUUUUGAUAAUAAUUUUGGAAACAGAGGCAAACUUAGUCCAUAGAUCGAGUCAGAUAGUGAUUGAGGCUUUGGAGAAAGUCUGUUGACAUCUAAAUGGCUUAAUUGCACUUAAAUACCCUAUAGUUUCCUGUACUUUGCACAUAUUUAACCUCAUUGUUUAUGGCAAUGGUAAUGCCCUAAAGUUUUUUAAAUUUGCACUUUGCUACCCGUGGCAAUGCAAACAUCUAAUUUUAGAACAUUUUAACUCUUAGUUGUUAAAUUUUCUUUUAAAACCUAUCAAAAUUUUUUAAAAUUAGAAUUAGGAGGGGUAUAAAUUGGAAUUAUGUUAGUUCUAACAGUAAAUUUAACAAAAAUUAAGGCUUAAAAAGUUCUAGAAUUGGCAUGUGAAUAUCGCGUGCUCAGGAGAAAUUCUCACAUUUGCAUAAUUGAGGAUAUUAAAGUGCAAAUUUUAAAACCUUAAGGGUAUAUAAACGCUGCCAAAAACAAUUGAGGGUAUAUAAGUGCAAAGUUGGAGAAACUAUAGGGUAUAUAAGUGCAUGUAAGCCCAUCUAAAUAUUUAAGCAUGUACAUUUAGGUAAAAAUUCUAGAAUUGGCAUGUGAAUAUCGCGUGCUCAGGAGAAAAUUCUCACAUUUGCAUAAUUGAGGAUAUUAAAGUGCAAAUUUUAAAACCUUUAGGGUAUAUAAACGCUGCCAAAAACAAUUGAGGGUAUAUAAGUGCAAAGUUGGGGAAACUAUAGGGUAUAUAAGUGCAUGUAAGCCCAUCUAUAUAUUUAAGCAUGUACAUUUAGGUGUCUAAGUUGAAAUUAGGAUUAUCUAUGUACCUUCAACAAUAAUCAAUUUGGGAUUUUCUCACUCUUUGAAUAACAAUGAUUAAUGCCCUAAUAAGGGUUGAUUGAUUUUGGUAAAACCUAAAACCAAUAUAUAGUUAUAUUCAUCAAAGCCUAAUUGAUUAGAUUGGGAACUCAAGGUCUACUGUAUGAAUCAUAUAGAAUCUUUGUCUGCAAUAAAUAAAAAAGGCAAAAAUUUAGAAUUAUUGAUUUCUUAAAAUAAAUAGUUGGGGAAGAGAAAGAACUGACCUUUGU